UCGGGAUGAGUCUUACUUGACUCUGCUCCUGAUUUAACUAUUGCGCGAAGGAUCCGACUCCUUAUGGGAUGAUUCAGAAUUCUUGUUCGUUGCUACGUAGCGUAAGCUUCUCGAUAGGUCUAUGUGCAGGCUUGUUUUUUUACUUUCUUGGUGGGUUCUCAGGAAUUUUUUCCGAGUACCUAACAAUAGCUUGUGUGACAUGAGCGACAUGUGACUAGUUAUCACUUAUCUUCAUGCAUGCAAUCAUCAUGCCUAAUAUUGCCUGAAGCAUGCUUGAUUUUGUUGAAGUACUACACUACACAAUGUCCUUUAUGGCGGUGUAAGAAGACUAAAGAAAGUAAAGCAGCUAAAGAUCAAGCAUUGUAAUGAUUGAGAUCUCUGUGGCAAACUGUCAGGGUCUAUUUAACACCAUGGCCAGCGACCGUUACAGAUGUCAGGCAGGACUAGAGACAGAUGAUAUAGAUAGAUCGCGGGAGCUCAAUAAUUUCCGUCCCCAGAUCAAAGUAACAUCGGCCUUAGUAUCUACUAACAGGGGUAUCGAGGUGGGUAAUUCCGGAACCACCAGAAACUUUAGUGUAGUAGUGCUCCGUACUGUAGUGUAGGAGGGCUCUCGUUUAGUCUGGCGUAAACGGCGUAUUGUCGUAUUGCUUCCGGAGAGAAUACGCACGG